GGCACGACAACGAGGAGUCCGUCCAAGAGCCAAGGUGCUACGAGGAGAAGCAGCAGCAGUUGUUGAAGACGCCCAGCCUCCAGCGACACUAUGUCAAGGUCAUCGAGGCUAUGGGUUGGACUUGUGUUCGGUUUCGUGCUCCUGAUCCUGAGCCUCACCAGCCAAGGCGCUGUCGCUGAGAACGCAACAAAUCAAACCAAAAUUACUGAAACGGCAACUAGUUUGGAUGAUGUCAAUGCGCUGGCCUCCACAGCGAGACGCGGUGUCUUUGCUGCUGUGCAUCGUUUCACGAGCAGGGAUAACGUCACCGUAUUGCAUGAGGUCAACGGGGACGAUGAGACUGAGGACGAGACGGUGCCACCAUUAACACUCAACACACACGAGGUGCUGCCGUUGAAGCCGCUGAAGAAGAAACCCUAUUUGCCGCUGGAGAAAGUGCUGCCCAGCAUUGAGUAUGUGAAGCAACCGCAUACGCUCAAGGAAUACGAACUGCAUCCGGUCACAUUUGAUUUCAACCUGGGCGACCUUGAGGAUCUGGAGCAUGAGGUCAUCAAGAAGGGUGAUCUCAGCAGUGAGGAGCAGCACGUCCUCAGCAAUGGCAAUGCACCUGGACUCAGUUACAUGCCCUUAAAUCCCGACGACAAUGACACAGUCGAUGUGAAUAUAUCCGAGUUGCCCGAGUCCAGCUCCACACAGCCCACCACACCAACUAAAACAACAACAACAACUACAACUACAACAACAACAACAACAGCGGCAGCAGCAGUAGCAGCAGCAGCAGUGGAAACUACAACCACAACACCAACCACAACAAGCACAUCCGGCACACACAUAUUGAAGAUACUCCGAAAUAAGCCGUCCAUCAAAAAGGGUCGCGAGCUGCUCAAACAGAUCGAUGAUGAUAUGCAGCUAAAGACCCUGGGCAGCACCAUCAAUAGCAUCAGUCGAUAUCUGGGCAGCAAUGUCACCGGAAAUGCCACCGGAAGCACCAUGGCCGACAGUCUCUAUGGCACGGCCAACUAUUUUCAAAUUAUGACCAAUCUGUACGAUCAUUUCUAUUGGCAAAUCUCCGAGAUACGCACAAAUGUUCGCACUGGUUGCGGACUCGAGAUGCAGGCAUAUUUAACCGCACUCCACUCCAGUUACGAGUGGGCACAGAAAGCGUACGAUGCAUCGGGACGAUAUCGGGGCCAGUUGCUGUUUGGCAAUGACAAGUGGCUGGGACAGCUGUCCUUUUGCUUGGAGCUCAACCGGCAGCAGUCCAAUGUGGACCGAAAACACUUCGAGCUGGAGUUCUAUGUGGCAGACAUCAGUCUCCACUUGCCGCGUCUCAAUCGAUCGCAGCAAGCCUUGAGCCUGGGCGAAUGUCUGCCCAAGUCAUGCUCGGCACACGAUGUCCAGUCCAUACUGUCCCUCGAUCCCUAUGCCCGCAUGCUGACUAUGCUGGGAGCACAUAAUGGGUCCAAUGUCCAGCAGCCGGCGUUGCGAGUACUGCGUGUUCGCACCGUUCCCGGCCUCUACAGCCACUGGCGUCAGCUCAAGUUCCAGAUAUUCAUAAGCUUUCUGCUAACGCUGCUGCUGGUGAUGAUAGUGGCCACAUAUUACCAGAUGAAGAUCGAUGAUCGUCGGCUGAUUGCGGCACCAAUACCAGCGAUAAGCGCCAAAUGCGAUGCGUCCAACAAGGGUGGAGAUUACGAGAACGCCUACUAUGGCAAACCGUUUGAGCUAUUCCAAAUGCGUCCGUUGGGCAGCAAUGGCAUUGUGAGCACAGAUACCACACUGGAUGCACAAGUCGAUAUGAAUGGCAACAGGCAACAGAUGCGGCAUACAGAUGCCGCUGCUAAUCCAGCAGAGGCAGUGAUUGGAGACACCACAGCAUCCACCUCAGUGGGCAGGCAACCAGAAAAGACUGAGAUGACGGACUACCAGGUGGAGACGGGCAGCUGUACGGGUGUGCCAGGCACCUACGAGGCCGAGCAGCCAAUAGCUUUGCAUCAGCAGCUGUUGCUGUGCUUUGCCCUGCAAACAAAUGCCAAGGCCAUAUUGAACAUAGACAAGACCAAGGAGUCGCACACAUCCUGUUUGCAUGGGCUGCGCGUCUUCUCCGUGCUCUGGACCAUGAUGGUGCACACGUAUCUGCAAAUGUUUGCCAUAGGCGAGAAUAAGUUUGAGCGCGUGAUUACGGAACGUUCGUUUUGGUAUCAGAUCAUUGGCAAUGCCACCUUCUCCGUGGACUCGUUCUUCUUUAUCAGCGGCCUGCUGGUCACCCUGCUGUAUGUGAAGCAGGAGCGCAAACUUCAGGCGGCACCCAGUGGCUUCAUUAGGCGCAGCAUCCUGGACACGCUCAUGAUGCUAUUCUAUCGCUAUCUACGCCUCACGCCCGUCUACCUCUUGGAUUCUCCGUUCUUUCACCCGCCCAAGAUCGAGCACAACACUUGCCGCAUCUAUUGGUGGCGCAACAUACUCUACAUCAACAACUUCUUUCCGCAGCACGAGAUGUGCAUGAUGUGGAGCUGGUAUAUGGCCAACGAUAUGCAGUUCUAUGUCAUGUCAACAGUUUUACUCGCAUUAUCCAGAAAAUACUUCAGGAUUGUGGCAGUGACGCUGAUUGUGUUCCUGGUCAGCUCGUGGAGCAUUGCAGGCAUCAUAUCGCUGCAGCAUCAGUAUACCCAUAAGGUGGCGCUGCCCUUCGAGUCCUUUGACUUUCUCUACGACAAACCCUGGCAGCGUGUCGGCCCCUACAUAGUGGGCAUGUUUUCUGGCUAUGCGUUGUACAAGUUUAAGACGCCGCCACAAAUCUCAAGACGGCUCAAUCUUAGUCUGUGGACCUGCAGCCUGGGCAUUUUGUUCGUUGUCAUCUUUGGCGUGUGGCCGGGGGAGCUGAGCGUCUUGAAUACCGCCUUCUAUGUGGGCGUUGGACACACGGCCUUUGGAUGCGGCCUCAUCUGGAUUGUGCUGUCCUGCUUUUGGGGAAUGGCGCCCACCGUCAAUGCGAUAUUGUCGUAUAGGGUAUGGUGGCCUCUAUCGCGUCUCACAUAUUGCGCCUAUCUCAUCCAUCCGAUCAUCAUGUUCAUCUGCUCAUCGCAUAUGAGCGGCACCGUGCAUCUGAACAAUCCCAUGAUAUUGACCACAUUUCUGGGCAAUGCUGUUGUCUCUUUCUGCUCGGCAUUUGUCAUCUCGGCACUGUUUGAGGCGCCAGUCAUACGCAUCCUCAAGAUCUGCUUCAAGAAGUGAACCAACAAAAUGCAUUGGGGAUAUUUUUUUUUUUGCUGUUCGUCAUUAAUUGUACAUAGCAGAAGGUAUGCGAGGCCAUGCAUCCAUAUUGACA